GCGCAAUUCUAGUAGAAAGCCUUUUAGUCAAUUAACUUCUCUACUCGGCUACAAAGUUUAUUUUGUACACAGCAGGGGGUUCUAUUUUUCUCUUAAUAGGAGUUCUAGGUAUGGGUUUAUAUGGUUCCAAUGAACCAACAUUAGAUUUUGAAAGAUUAACUAAUCAAUCAUAUCCUGUGGCAUUGGAAAUAAUAUUAUAUUUUGGUUUCUUUAUUGCUUAUGCUGUCAAAUCGCCGAUUAUACCCCUGCAUACAUGGUUACCAAAUACCCAUGGAGAAGCACAUUACAGUACAUGUAUGCUUCUAGCUGGAAUCUUAUUAAAAAUGGGGGCAUAUGGAUUGAUUCGGAUCAAUAUGGAAUUAUUACCCCACGCUCAUUCUAUAUUUUCCCCCUGGUUGGUAAUAGUUGGAACGAUGCAAAUAAUCUAUGCAGCUUUAAUUUCUCUCGGUCAACGCAAUUUUAAAAAGAGAAUAGCCUAUUCCUCUGUAUCUCACAUGGGUUUUACAAUUAUAGGAAUUGGUUCUAUAACCGACAUGGGACUCAAUGGAGCCAUUUUACAAAUACUCUCUCAUGGAUUUAUUGGUGCUGCACUUUUUUUCUUGGCGGGAACGAGUUGUGAUAGAAUACGUCUUGUUUAUCUCGACGAAAUGGGAGGGAUAUCUAUCCCAAUGCCAAAAAUAUUUACCAUGUUCAGUAGUUUCUCGAUGGCUUCUCUUGCAUUGCCAGGAAUGAGUGGUUUUGUUGCGGAAUCAGUAGUAUUUUUUGGAAUAAUUACUAGUCCAAAAUAUCUUUUAAUGCCAAAAAUACUAAUUACUUUUGUAAUGGCAAUUGGAGUGAUAUUAACUCCUAUUUAUUUAUUAUCUAUGUCACGUCAGAUGUUCUAUGGAUACAAGCUAUUCAAUGUUCCACACUCUAAUUUUUUGGAUUCUGGACCACGAGAACUAUUUGUUUCAAUUUGUAUCUUUCUACCCGUAAUAGGAAUUGGUAUUUAUCCUGAUUUCGUUCUCUCGUUAUCAGUUGACAGGGUACAAACUAUCCUAUCUAAUUACUUUUAUAGAUAGUGUUUCAUUAAUGAGACAAAAAGUCUUAUAAUUCUUUAAUUUUAAGAUUUUUUUUUUAAUCGUUCGCUGUACAAUGCAAAAAAAUAAAGUGAAUUAGAAUUGUAAUGAGAUGUAUUUCGAGUUUUUGUUUUGACUGGUUGUCAAAACAAAAACUCGAACAAGCAAACUUUCGUUAUAUAUGGGACGAUAUUCUUAUGUAUUUUUCAUGUAGCUUAUUCAAUUAGAUGUUAAUGUGAAUGAACCAUAACUAUGUAAACCUAUUCCUAAUAGAUUGACCCCAAAAUAGCAUAUCCAAAUUAUAAAAAACCCUAUAGAAGCUAUAAGUGCCGAAUUCGUACCUUGUAAACUUUGAUUUGUUCUAGUAUGUGAAUAAAUCGCGAAUAUGGUCCAAGUAAUAAAUGCCCAAGUUUCCUUCGGGUCCCAACUCCAAUAAGAUCCCCAUGCUUCAUUAGCCCAUACUGCUCCACAAAGAAUGCCUAUGGUUAAAAAGGUAAACCCUAAACUAAUCAUACGAUAACUCCAAUAAUCCAAACGCUGAGUCAAUUGAUAUUUGUAAUAAUUUCGAAAUGAAAGAAAAGAAGUGUUUUUAAAAACGCUUCUUCUUUUUUCAUUCAAGUAUUUAAUCUCACCAAAGAAAAAUGAUCUAAUUAAGAAAUUAUUGCUUUUACAAAAAAAAAUUGAUGUUGUUUCGAAAUGUAAUGACUAGAAGAGCGAUUGAUAAUAACGAUCCGCAUAAAAGAGCUGCAUAGCUCAAUAACAUCAUACUUACGUGCAUCAUUAACCACUGAGAUUGUAGAGCAGGUACUAAUAUUGCGGAUUGAUGCAUUUCAGUUGAAAGACCCGACGUAGCGAAACCUUGAGUAAAAAUAGUACUUGGGGUAGUUAUUGUGCUUAAAUCAUUUUUAUGGUUCAAUUUCUUGGAAAUUAUAUGAAUAAUAAAGAAACUGCAUGAAAGGAAGAUUAAUGACUCGUAUAAAUUACUUAACGGAAAAUGUCCCGAGGAAAUCCAACGAGAAACUAAUAAUC